GCAGUCGUUUUGAAUCACUAGUCGUCCAACUUUUCCCCUGGCAAGUAAGAAUGAAAAUAUAGGAUUUCACUUGCAGAAUAAAAUGGCACAAUUAAGCGUUAUCCUGUGGAUGAUUGUGUUGGCGUUUAUCUCUGCUGAAGUGUCUGCCUUCGCGAAGCUGAUUGAUAGACCUCUUGGUGAAAAGGUGGGAAUUACGUUGAACAAAAUAUCUGAAUCGUUGCUCGACAGCGAAGCAAAAACUAACACAAACGAGGUUUCGGAAACGAGAGCCAUUUCAGUGAACGAUGAACUGGCCAUAGUUUUACAACUCCUUGAACGUGUUCCUCUUAUUGAUGGACACAAUGAUUUACCGCACGUUAUUCGAUUACUAACUGAAAGUCAGUUGGCUAGCUUUAAUUUGACAGAUCUUUCGGAUAAAAAUCCGUGGAGUUCUGACCCCAUGUCACAUACGGACAUUGUCCGUCUGCGUAAAGGGAAGGUUGGCGCUCAGUUCUGGGUGGCCUAUACUAACUGCAAUGCUCAGUACAAUGACUCCCCUCAAAAGGCGUUCGAACAAAUUGAUCUCAUCUAUCGUUUAAUCGACCUUUAUUCAGAUACGUUCCAACUCGCCACCACGGCGCAAGAGAUUGAGGACGUAUUUGGUACUGGCAAAAUCGCCAGCCUAAUUGGUGUUGAAGGUGGUCAUGCUAUUGGCAAUUCGCUCAGUCUUUUGCGCAUCUUUUAUCGACUCGGAGUGCGAUAUAUGACCCUCACUCAUUCUUGCCCUACGCCAUGGGCCGAUAAUUCCCAGCUAGACAAUCCAGGUCAGCAACCUAUUCACGACGGACUUAGUGGCUUUGGAGAAGCGAUCGUGCAAGAAAUGAAUCGUUUGGGAAUGAUGGUGGACAUUUCGCAUGUGUCAGUUGCAACGAUGGAAGAUGUGUUGAACGUGUCACAAGCGCCCGUGAUUUUUAGCCAUUCGGGUGCCUUUUCUGUUUGCAAUCAUACUCGAAACGUUCCCGACCAUGUCCUUCGUCGUCUAGCGAAAAACGGUGGCAUAAUCAUGGUGGUUUUUUACAAUGAAUUCCUCUCGUGUGAGCAGUCGGCCAAUAUCAACGAUGUCGUUCGCCACAUAGAACACAUUCGUAACCUCAUCGGCGUGGAUCAUAUUGGACUAGGAGGCGAUUUUAACGGAGUUGACAGGGUUCCCACUGACCUGGAGGAUGUAUCAAAAUAUCCCAACAUCUUCGUCGAAUUAUUACGCCUUGGGUGGAGUGAAACGGAUGUAGAAAAACUGGCGGGUACGAACAUGCUACGUGUUAUGCGUCGUGUUGAACAGGUUAAGCAAGAACUAUCUUUCAUGGAGCCCAUUGAAGAAUGGAUACCGACAGAAGACCUCCGACCUGAGCAUAAAUUAUGUCUGACGAAUUACAUUUAGGCGAGGAAGCUUAUCAGUUGAAAAAUAAGUUUACUAUUUAUACUAGAGGUUUUGCCCUAUGAUUUAUAACCGCUUUUGAGGAUAUAAUGUUCCAAAAAUGUAUUAUUGAGCGAGGUUCGAAUUCCUGCAUUCAAUGUCAAGCUUACUAUUUUAAAAAGAAACAAUUUCCUCUUCUGAAUUCUCGUUUAAAUACAACUUCCGUACGAA